AUGGGUGCCGAUGUGGUCAAAUGCCAGAAGGCUGCAUCCCUUGUGUCGGCGUUGAAACGGCAAAAAGCCCCACCUGAAACUAUGCUGGCUGAGAACGAGAACAUUGAGAAGGCUAGGGAGCGGCCCAGUGCUCAGCCCGUCAGUGAGGAAGUCGUCAGUGACCUCUUGCAGGACUACCACGUCAGCCUGGGCCGUCUUUGCCAGUAA